AUGGUAUCUAAAGCAGAACGAGAGAAGGCUGUUUACGCCUAUAGAGUCGAUUUGGCCAAGUUAAGAUCAGAAGUUCAACUUAUUGAAAGGAAUGAUUUUACGUUAAUGAAAACAGAUAUUGAUCGGUUAGAAAAUGAGCUAGAAAAACUAAGGCAAAAACUUCGAGAAGAAAUUUCAAGAACUCAAGCUAACGUUCGAUUAGAUUUAAAUCUUGAAAAGGGAAAAACUAGAGAUGAAGCAAGUGCGCAAGAAAUUAAAAUGAAAGAAGCAGAUACUCGAAUAGAAAGUGAAAUAUCUGGCUUAAGAACACAAAUGGAAGCUAUUAAAUUCCAAAUUAUGCAAUAUAUGAUAGGUACAAUGACUGGUGCCGGUGCAUUGUUUUUGGCUUACCUUAGAAUGUUCAAAUAA